UCAACAGGAAACUAAAACUCCGGCUCUAAGUCAACAGGGGCGUGGUCGAUAUGGAGGCGUUUCCAAGAGCAUGGCUAAUGUUUUCGUCUGGCGGAAAAGUUUUAAAAGGCCAUGAAAAAAGGAAUUCCGGACACAGUCUCUCCGGAAUGGCCAACUACUAUCGACGCAAGAAAGGCGACGCGGUGUUUUUGAACGCCAAACCUUUGAAUAGUGCCAAUGCCCAGGCAUAUUUGUAUGGCGUUCGCAAGUACUCCAUUGGAUUGGCGGAGCGUUUGGAUGCGGACUACGAGGCUCCACCGGUGGAUAGGAAAAAAAGCUCGGACAGUACGGCCUCUAAUAAUCCGGAAUUUACGCCAAGUGUUUUCUACAGAAACAUAGCUCCUGUCAACUGGUUCUUAAGGAUUAUUGGUGUAUUACCCAUCGUUCGACGUGGUCCUGCCCGUGCCAAGUUCGAAAUGAGCUCUGCCUCGUUUAUUUACUCUGUGGUUUUCUUUCUGCUUUUAGCGUGUUAUGUAGGCUACGUGGCGAACAACCGCAUCCACAUUGUGCGAUCCCUGAGUGGACCCUUCGAAGAGGCGGUGAUUGCCUACCUGUUCCUGGUCAACAUCCUGCCCAUAAUGAUAAUACCCAUCCUGUGGUAUGAGGCCAGGAAGAUAGCCAAGCUCUUCAACGAUUGGGAUGACUUCGAGGUGCUGUACUACCAGAUCUCGGGUCACAGUUUGCCCCUAAAACUGCGACAGAAAGCGGUUUAUAUAGCCACCGUGUUGCCGAUUCUCUCAGUUUUAUCGGUGGUCAUCACGCACAUUACCAUGUCGGAUUUGAACAUCAAUCAGGUGGUGCCCUACUGCAUUUUGGAUAAUUUAACUGCCAUGCUGGGGGCCUGGUGGUUCCUGAUUUGCGAGGCAAUGAGCAACACGGCGCAUCUUUUGGCGGAACGUUUCCAGAAGGCAUUGAAACACAUUGGACCCGCUGCCAUGGUGGCGGAUUACCGGGUUUUGUGGCUCCGAUUGAGCAAACUAACCAGGGAUACUGGAAACGCCUUGUGUUACACUUUCGUGUUCAUGAGCCUCUACCUAUUCUUCAUCAUCACUCUGUCGAUUUAUGGUCUAAUGUCUCAACUCUCUGAGGGAUUUGGCAUCAAGGACAUAGGUCUUACCAUAACAGCUUUGUGGAACAUUGGACUACUCUUCUACAUCUGCGAUGAGGCUCAUUAUGCUUCGGUGAAUGUGCGUACCAACUUCCAGAAGAAACUGCUCAUGGUGGAACUAAACUGGAUGAAUUCGGAUGCCCAGACGGAGAUAAAUAUGUUUUUGCGAGCCACCGAGAUGAAUCCGUCGACCAUCAAUUGUGGUGGCUUCUUCGAUGUGAACAGGAGUCUCUUCAAGGGACUGCUAACCACAAUGGUUACAUAUCUGGUGGUCUUGCUGCAGUUCCAGAUCAGUAUUCCCACCGAUAAGGGGGAUUCCGAAGGAACUACUAACAUUACUGUGGUGGACUUUGUGAUGGACAAUCUGGAUAAUGAUAUGAGCCUGACGGGAAGCACCACUGGGAGCAGCAGCAGCACUACAAGAACCACUUUGGCACCACCAAUUAACAAGCAAAAGGCACGAAAGGGUUGAAAAACGAGUGAAUCAACAGCAUUAGGCUAAAUAGAUAACAAAAAUAUUAUACAUUUGAGAUA